AUUAAUAAUAUGUUUCAGUUGCUUCGCGUAAUUCGUGUCGCGCUAGCUAACACUACAAUGGUCUAGUACUAGUAUCCGAGGUUUGCUUUGCCAGUGGACAUAUUUCUUCGCUUCUUCUCUAGAUAUGCUGAUGGUGUUGUGCUUGUGGUCACAAAGUAGCUAGGUGAAUACAGCUGUUGUCGUAGCUGAAAGCCAAAUUCUUGUCGAGCUACAAGGCUGCAUAUACUCGGCAGAAGCUCACCUAGACGGAUCGAAGACUCUCACUACCACAGACGGUUGAUCAGGUUUGCGGAUUGGGGUACAACUGCUGCCGCCAAAGGCCUGAUAUUUGGAAGAUGAAGAAGAGAACCGUUCAAAGUUCCUGGGAAGAACAGGUGGAAGAAGACAAUGUUCACCUGCCCUACAGUCUUCGGGGGCGUCCUGUUGGUCUACGUCAGUUCUCAGAAAGCCACACCGAGACGGAUUGUCAUCAGCCUGGGCCCGUUUCAGAUAGCAAUGAUCAGGGUGAUGUAGUACGCUCCACGGUCGUGUCCGAUCUGGAAGAUGAGAACACAGCAGAUAUGCAUCACGAGUUAGUGUGCCAAAGCUCGGGCAAUCUCCACAGUCUCUUGUACGAUGUGUGGAUCUCAUCACUUCUACCUCUCCUUGAUGUCAGGUCAAUGUUUCGCCUUUGCGGCGUGUCGCGGAACCUACGAGAACGGUUGAUGACGGAGCAGACAUUCAAGCUUCUCUGUGUGCGUCGCUAUGGCAUCAGCCCAUUGUUGGAUUUAUCGUACAUCGAUAUCAGCAAAACAUUGUUUGCGGUCACAACAACCAUGAGAUUAGAUAUCUCCACGUGCAGCCGAAUCUACCACCUUCUACCUCCAAGGAAAUAUAAUCACAUGCCGCGUCCAAAAAAAGUCCUGGACCUGGCUCUUCCAUUGCUCUCUGCCAAAAUGGAAUCGUUGAAAAAGCAAGGGGAGGACUACGCCAGAAUUAUCUGUAAUCACGACUCUCUGGACUGCUCUAUUCUAAAUAUUGUAGUGGAAGGCCUGCCAAAACUGGAGAAGAUUGACAUAGAGCAAGAGUACCCCCCGCCCCGUUCUGAUGUGACAGGUAAUGCACGGAUCUGCUACGAUUGGUGUCAUCUCAGCAACCUGAAAAACUUAUCAGUUCAGCGCUGUGGUUCCGUGGAAGCCUAUCAGACGGAGGUAAUCGAAAAGAUGAUGAGUUUCACUUGGCGGGUCCUUCCAAUGCUUCGAUACCACUAUCGCGAACAAAGAUUAGUGGAAGUAGCCAACGUAUUGUCCGCGACUGUUGGAAAAUUCCCCGAAGCACUGGGAUGCCUGGGCGUGGCGUUUCCAGGAAGUAAUGACCCUGUUGAUGUUCGCAUGGCAUGUAAAGUGAGUCAGUGGCAUUCCGCCUUGCAGCUUUACAUUGUUAAUCAGCUAGAUAUGUCUCUUGAGGACUACUUCGAGGUUUGCCUGGAGUACCGCAAAGUCAGUGAUGCCCAGGUGUUCACAACGGAAAAGGGUUGGAGGUAUUUUUACUCAGGUUUGGGCGAGCAUCUGAGAACCGUGUUGAGUCCUGACCACAGCGAGAACAGAGCCAGCCAAAAGGAUCUAUUGGAUUAUUUUGCAGAGUAUGCCGAGCUAGUUGACUGGGAUUUGGUCAUUAAUAUCACUGAUCACUUGUGUUGCUAUGAUGUACAUCUGCCCCUCGAAACAUUUAACGCAUUAUUUCUGUAAAGUUAUAUUUCUCUCCGGUCGAGCGGAGCGAGUAAGCCAAGAAAUGAUUUCUCACGCAACAAAAUUAUUUCUUUUGCGAAUAUGGAAUCUGAUGUUUUCUCUUUUUGUUGCUGUUCUUUUUGCUCGACUUCUUCAGUCAGUUGUUUGUGUCUCAACAGUGUCCCCACCCUCCCACCCUUCAUAUCUGCCCAUCUUCUUCCCUUCCUUUCUUGGCUGUAGAUAUGUUGUGCCUGUUUUUAUGCUGCCAUGUUGCCACUUGGGGUUAUACACCCGGUUUUUUCCUUCAUUCGUGCGUCCGUCGGCGCGAGGGUUUUUUCCCGGCUGGGUCGGUCCAGAAAAAUUAAUCUGACGGUCCCAAGUGGUCGUUGUCCUGGCCUAUUAUUUUAUGUUAUGUUUUCUUCUGCAUUCCGGUUCACAUCUGGCUGCGGCCUACUACCCUCA